AAUAAGCAGAGAUUGGGCUAGGACUUACAGGAUUUGGGAUAUUUUUCUCAAUCUUGGGAAUUAUCUUCUUCUUUGACAAGGGAUUACUUGCUAUGGGAAAUAUCCUGUUCGUCUCAGGAGUAACUCUCACCAUUGGAUUCAAGUCAACCAUGCAGUUCUUUAUGAAACGUCAAAAUUUUAAGGGAACAAUUUCUUUUGGUUUGGGGUUCUUCUUUGUUAUCAUAGGAUGGCCAAUUUUUGGCAUGAUAUUGGAAACAUAUGGUUUCAUUGUCCUUUUCAGUGGCUUCUGGCCAACAUUGGCAGUCUUUAUUCAGAAAAUUCCUAUUCUUGGAUGGUUAUUCCAGCAACCAUUUGUCAGAUCGGUUAGUUUGUACUUCUUUAGUAAUGUUAAUCAGUUGUUUGAAUCAGUUUUACACACAGUGAAAAUGUUUCCCCUUUAUGAUCCUUUUCUUUAAAGAGAAAACUAAUUGUUUCAUAUGGAGUCCCAUUAUUUUCAAUGGAGUUGCAUUACAAUAUAUUUUAAG